AUGGCUCGUGUUAUUUUUCAAUUAUUGGCUAUACAAUUGGUUCUAGUUGCAACAGCGUUUUGUAUGUUUAAAUCAUCCCAAAAAAUUAAAGGCGGUACUAAAUAUCAACUUCAACAAAAAGUACUUACACUUGGUACAUCAUAUACAAUCAAAGAUGAUCGUAAUCAACCAGCUUAUAAAGUAGGUUUUAAACAAUUAGGUGUAGGUAAACAUCUUCAACUUACUGAUCCCAGUGGUAAAAAUGAAUUUUAUUCUAUUAAACAUGUUCUCAAUCCGCUUGGUUUAGCAAAAUAUGAAAUUCGUCAAAAUAAUCAAGUAAUUGCUGAUGUUAGUCGUAAAUUCAAUCUUAUCGGUGGUAAAAAAUUUUCAGUUAGUUCGAAACAUGGUACAUAUAGAAUUGAAGGCAAUUUUCGUUCACGUGAAUUUAAAAUAAAAAAAGAUCAUCAACUUGUUGCUACUAUUUCAAAGAAAUUCUUUGCAAUUGGUGAUAAAUAUGGUGUUAAAGUUGAACAAGGUCAAGAUGUACCAUUUAUUUUAAGUUUAGCUAUUGUCGUUGAUGAAGUAGCUCAUGAUUAA